CAGAGUCAUUUGACCAACGGUCGCGGGAAGGCUCCGAGCACGCUGGCUGUAGGUGGGAGGAGUGGCGCCCCAUUCAAAAUACUUUUGUAAACAAAAUUAUCUUAAUACACGUAAUUUGUACGACUUUGAGGAGUCAGGAGGUUGUUUUCGUGUUUUUGUCGCUGUGUGUCGGGAGCUCUUUUUCACGGAUACGUGGUUUUCAUCGCGUACGGACGGGAUUGACUGUAGUUGGGACUCCGGGACGCAGUGAAGAAGCAGAAGCCAUUUUUUUCUGACCAACUUGCCGAGUUUAGAUACGGAGUAGACGCAGGGUUGGGGUAGGAGGUGAGCUUCACGGACAGUAUUUGCUGUUUUAACAGAGGUUGUGUGUGUUUUGUGGGUGUCCGGAGACUAAAGUGUCGGUUACUCUACCGAUAAUCGGGGUUUUGUUUUGGUUUAGUUUAUAAUCUAUAACUGUUAGUUAGAUAAACUUUUCAGCGGCUAAGGGUUAGCUAACGCUAACCUAGCAGUCUGCGGAGCUUGACUCCACUCAUUAGCUAGCUUAGCUACUGUUAGUUAGCUAGCCAGCGAACAUCAGUAAAUAGUUAGCUAGCUGGAUAGCGCUUGAUUACCUAUCUUAGCUAAUUAUCGGUUCUCAAUCAUGUUUUGCUCACCUUCUGGAGCCUGAUUUGACAAGUUAACCUAACUUUUUAAAGAGUUUUUAAAAGUCGUCUUAUCGGAUUUUUAAAAGCCGAGAAGAUGAGUUUCGGCUGUCGGCGAAACCCCGACUUCUCCCCAAACCUGCGGCCCAUUCGCCAAAAGUUGUUCUCCAACAGCGACGGCGAAGAGGACAGUAUCGAGGAGGCCAACAACAGCACGGGAGCCGAGUCUGGUUUCACAGAACUGGACUCCCCGGUCCUGCGUCGGAACAGCGCAGAUAAGAGACACGAAGAGCUGCUGAACAGCAGCCCGCUGAGCCGGACCAGGGAGGAGGACGACGACCCCGAGUCCUGGGACGAGGAAGGCUUCGGUUCUCCGUCUCAUCUCAAACCCACCUUCUGCACCAAGAACUCGCCGUCGCCGAGAAAAAGCCCCCGUGCUUCUUACGACAGCUCUCCCGAGAGGACAUACAUGCCCGAGGAUCUGGAGGGGUCGAGCUCCCCCAUCCCGGACUGUCCGGAUACACCGCCCCAUAAAACCUUCAGAAAGCUCCGGCUAUUCGACACGCCACACACUCCUAAGAGUUUGCUGUCGAGGGCGAGGACCUCAGCUUCUUCAAACAGACGAGUAGCUCUCUUCAAGAAUGUGGAUUCCAAAGGCAAGGCCAGUCUCGACGGAAGGCGAAACCAGACACCUUUGGUCAACAUUAACCCCUUCACCCCUGACUCAAUCGUCCUCCAGUCAUCAACGCAACAAAGGAACAACAGGAAACGCUCACACUGGAAUGACUCCUGUGGUGAGGACAUGGAGGCAAGUGAUGCUGAAGUUGAAGAUGACAUUAUUCCACCAUCAAAGAGGCUUACAAUGAUGGAGAAUAACAUGAUGUCCAGGUAUGCGUCAGAGUUCCAUGAGCUAGAGAAAAUUGGUUCAGGACAGUUUGGUGCCGUCUUCAAAUGUGUAAAAAGACUAGAUGGCUGCAUCUACGCCAUCAAGCGUUCCAAGAAGCCUUUGGCAGGAUCUGUGGAUGAGCAGAAUGCACUUCGAGAAGUCUACGCACAUGCUGUUCUAGGACAGCACCCUCAUGUGGUGAGGUAUUACUCGGCAUGGGCAGAGGAUGACCACAUGCUGAUCCAGAAUGAGUACUGCAACGGUGGCACCCUAUCGGAUGUAAUCGCUGAGAACUACAGACGUAUGCACUUUCUGUCCGAGUUGGAGCUGAAGGAUCUGCUACUGCAAGUCUCUCGCGGGCUCAAGUACAUCCACUCAAUGGCACUUGUGCAUAUGGACAUUAAGCCUAGCAACAUAUUCAUUUCACGGAAACCUGCUGUCAGUGUUGAGGAGUUUGAGGAUGAAGAGGAUGAGGCAAACACUAGUGUGAUUUAUAAAAUAGGUGACUUAGGCCAUGUGACCAGAGUAACCAAUCCCCAAGUUGAGGAGGGUGACAGCAGAUAUCUGGCUAAUGAAGUUCUUCAAGAGGACUAUUCUAACCUGACAAAGGCUGACAUUUUUGCUCUGGCCCUGACUGUUGUCAGUGCCUCUGGAGCUGAGCCUCUGCCUACUAAUGGAGAAAAGUGGCACCAAAUCAGACAGGGAAUACUGCCCCAUAUCCCUCAAGUACUCUCUCAGGACUUUUUAAGCUUGUUGAAGCUUAUGAUCCAUCCUGACCCAACACGAAGACCGUCCACUUCUGACCUCAUCAGGCAUCCUGUCCUACUUACUGCUGCAAGGAUGAGUGCUGAUCAGUUACGCGUGGAACUCAAUGCUGAGAGAUUUAAGAACGCCUUGCUCCAAAAGGAGCUGAAAAAAGCCCAACUUGCCAAAGCUGCAGCAGAGGAGCGGGUUUUGUCCACAGACAGAGUUUUGACUCGCUCCACAGUCCAGUCUAGUUCCAGAAGCUCUCGGCUCAUUGGGAAAAAGAUGAACCGCUCUCUCAGUCUCACCAUUUACUGAACUGAACUUCAAUGAAAGAAGAAAGUCCCCACCAGGGGGAAGCAGUGGUGCUGUAUCGCAGAAUUCACAAGGAGGCAGAAUUAUCCGUUGCUGAUUGGACAGUUGUUCUAAAACUGUUAGUGCUUAUACUGUUUCAGUACAAGAGGUUUUUUCUUUUACACUUCACAAAAAUGGAGUAACUCUUUGUGGGGGGAGAAGACAACUCUCUUUGCAUCAGUUUCAACUGAGCAUAGACUGUUUUUGCAUGCUCAACUUAGUUUCAGUUCUGCAGACUUUUUCAGUGUAGUUUUUUCUUAAGGUAGAAAACUUCCUUUACAUUGUCAUGUUUUCUUUUAUUUCUGCUAAAUGUUCCACAGGGUCUACAGUUACCCUGCACUUCUAACUCUAGUGUGCAGAGUUUCUCAGACAUGGGGAAGCUGUGAAUCCUCUGUACAGCCCUGAUUUGUGAAUGUUCCAGACCUAAGACUUGUGCACCUUACUGCCUGUGAAAAAUGCCUGGUGUUGAACAAAGAAAGCUUGGACCCUAUGUGUAGAUUGCCAUUAAUAUGAGCACUUUGGAGGCAAUGGGGAACUUGCCAGAAUUUUUUGCUGCUAUUCAUGUUUGUCUAUUUCCAGUUGUGGUUGGAAAAAUUGAUCCUAUACUUUUUGCAUGGAUCUGUUUUAAGAUGAAUCGAAGAUUUGUUUUUGCUAUUCAAUCAGUCACCUCAAGUCAUUCAAUAGGAGGUGAUCCAGUGUCCUUAACAGAAAUCCAUAUGAUUUUGGCUCUCUAUCUUUUGAGUAAACCACAGGUAAAAGGUGUAGUAUUGAUCAUGUGAAUUAUGGGAUUGGGCUCAAUUUGAAAUACUCAGCAAAUUAAGCUAGAUUGGUGUCAAAGUGUUCUACAUUAACUGGAAGUGAGAAUGCAUGCCUUUUUUAUGUAAGCAUCUGUCACUUCAUGCAUCAACAUUUUUGUAGCAUUAAUGAAACAAUUGUCUUCAAUGAAUAGAUAAUAUUUGUAUUGUCUAUUUUGUCAAAAUACAGCAUCAUUCAUUAGGGUACUGUUCUCUGUAAAAUAUCCUGUAAAAAAAAAAAAAAACAACGUCAUGUUUUUCUUGUAAAUAUGUUCUUUUAAUAAAAUCCAUUUAUGUAA